AUGAGCGAUAACAAAUUGGAUGAUCCAGGUGUCAUGGAGGUCACCGGAAGAGUCUUGAUUGCCACCAUCAUAGCUUUAUUCGUCGUCCUCAUCCUUGUUUUCUUAUUCCAUAUCUACGCCAGGUGGUUAUGGCACCGCCGUCAACGGAGUAUAGACGCCCACACCAACCGCCAUCGCCAAGAUCAGCACUCCGGCGUCACUGUCCUCCGCCGUGGCCUCGACGCCUCCUUCCUCAACACUUUACCGGUCAUACUAUUCGAUGUAAAAGACUUCAAAAACGGGUUGGAAUGUUCGGUUUGCUUAUCCGAAAUCAUGGAAGGAGAAAAAACUCGAAUUUUGCCUAAAUGCAAUCAUGCGUUUCAUGCGGAAUGCAUUGAUAUGUGGUUUCAUUCACAUUCAACUUGCCCUAUCUGCAGAAACCCAGUUCAAGAACAAGCCGAAGUUUCGGUGGAGAGUUUACUUGAGAAUCAUCAAACACAAGAACAAUCGACAAACAGUGGGGAUUCAAACUCGCACACUUUCCCCGCAAAUAUGUUGUUUUGGGGUGACGAAACGGAAGUAAGCACUUUGACUUCUCAACUGGAAGAAGUGACUAAUCAGCAUCAAGCUCCUAUUUUACCUUUCGAGCCACCUUCAUCUUCUUCAUCAUCAUCAUCAUCGCAGACAAAUAAUGAUAGAGGGAAACCAGAUUUGGUAAUUGAUAUACCAAGGCAGGUGGUUAGUGAGGAUGAUGAUGAGAAAACUCCAGUGUUUUCUGGAAUGAGGUCAUUGAGGAGAAUUUUGAGCAGCAGGUUUAAUCCUUUUAGCCCUGGUAAUAACAAUGGCGACGGCGGUCAAAGUUAA